AUGGCUACUAAGUAUGCUACUUAUUCACAACUUAUUAAAGCAUCUACAAACUAUGCGCGGCGUAUGCAGAGACUUUCCAACAGGAUUUUUGGCGAGGUAGCUAUCCCAACUAACUCGAAGUCUAUGAAGGUAGUGAAAAUGUUUUCGGAGCGGCCGUUGCAUUCUAAUGAAGAAAUAAUCCACUAUUAUCCUCGUCACGUCGAGACACACGCCCUCAUGUUAAAGCUCCGAGAAUACGGCCUUUUCCGCGAUGAACAUCAAGAUUUUAAAGAGGAAAUGAAAAGGUUGAGGGAACUGAGAGGUAAAGUUAAAGUGUGGAGGCGAACUGUCGACAAGGGAAGUGAAAAGUAA